AUGAAGCCGGACGAGCUCAAGCCUCUUGAGGCCCUCCUGACGGCGGAUUUCCGCCAAAUCGAGCCCCGCCUGCAGGCGCUUGACAAGCACCUCAUUCUCCGCACAUACCUCGACGGCUACACGCUCGGAGAUAUCGACACCAAGAUCUGGCUGGCACUCCGUGGAAACCGUGCAGCCGUAUCCUUUAUCAAGCGCGGCAGUCUCGUCAACCUUGCCCGCUGGUUCACUUUCAUCGAGGAAAAUCACCCUGAGAUCCAGGCUGAGGUUAAGGCAAAAGAUGCCGCUGCGAAGGCCAAGGUUGCCGCGGCCAGCAAGGCCGGUGCGAGCUAUGCUCUAGCGCUGCAGAACGCUGAUCAGGGUGUUGUGACGAGAUUCUUACCUGAGCCCUCGGGAUACCUUCACAUUGGGCAUGCCAAGGCCGCCCUUCUCAGCGAUUACUUCGCGCACCAAGCGUACAAAGGGACAUUGCGCCUUCGCCUUGAUGAUACCAACCCGUCCAAGGAGAAGCAGGAGUAUCAAGACGCCAUAAUCGAGGAUCUCGCGCUAAUGGGCAUCAAACCCGACGCGGUGUCUUACACGUCGGAUUAUUUUGACUACCUGUACGAAAUGUGCGUCAGGCUCAUCAAGGAAGGCCAUGCCUAUGCCGACGACACGGACCAGGAGACGAUGCGGGAUGAGCGCUUCAAGGGCAUUGCUUCGAAGCGCCGGGACAGGACCGUCGAGGAGAAUCUACGUAUCUUCGAGGAGAUGAAGAAAGGCUCUGAGGAAGGUCUUCAGAACUGCAUCCGCGCGAAGCUUUCGGUCGACAACCCGAACAAGGCCAUGAGAGACCCAGUCAUCUACCGAUGCAACGUCGAGACCCCCCAUCACCGGACUGGUACCAAGUGGAAGAUGUACCCUAUGUACGACUUCGCCUGCCCGGUAGUCGAUAGCUACGAGGGCGUAACCCAUGCCCUGAGAUCUACCGAGUACACCGACCGGAACCCCCAGUACCAAUGGUUCUUGGAUACGUUGAAGCUUCGGCAGGUUUACAUGUGGGAUUUCGCUCGGAUGAAUUUUGUCCGGACAUUCCUUUCCAAGCGUAAGCUUGCCAAGCUGGUUGACACCGGGAAGGUUUGGGGCUGGGACGACCCGCGUAUGCCAACGAUUCGUGGUGUCCGCAGGAGGGGCAUGACCAUCCCGGCCCUGCGUGAUUUCAUCAUCAAGCAGGGCCCUAGCCGGAACGUGGUCAACAUGGAUUGGACGACCUUCUGGGCGAGCAAUAAGAAGGAGAUUGAUCCUAUCGCACCGCGCCACACCGCGAUACUGCAGAAGGACGUGGUCAAGGUGACUAUCACUGGCGCUGAGGCGCCAGCUCAACCGUACUCGACGGACAAGCCAAAGCACCCCAAAAAUAAGGAGAUUGGCACGAAGAAGGUCGUGUUUGCGUCCGAGCUGUUGCUGGACCAGACCGAUGCCAAGAGCUUCAGGGACGGCGAGGAAAUAACCCUCAUGGCCUGGGGCAACGCGUUUGUUCGCCAGAUUACUAGCGGCGAUCCCAUCCCCAGCCUCACUUGCGAGCUGAACCUACAGGGCGACGUCAAGACCACCGAGAAGAAGAUCACCUGGCUCGCAGCUGAGGGACAGAAGCUGGUACCCGCCGAGCUCUGGGACUUUGACUACCUCAUCACUAAAGACAUCCUGCAAGAGGAGGACAACAUGGAGGACUUUUUGAAUCCCGUAACCGCGACAAUGGACGAUGCCUGGUGCGAUGAGGCCGCUGCACAGUUGAAGAAAGAUGAUAUCAUCCAACUCGAGCGGCGCGGCUACUACCGGGUGGACAAGGGGCUGGACGACUGGAAGGAUGGUGAGGAGGGGCCGAAGGGCAAGCGGCUGGUGCUGUUCUGCAUCCCGACGGGCAAAACUGGGCCGAAAUAG